GCGUCGCUGGUGUUCCACCACGCGCUGCCGCUCUUCCAACCACGCCCUGCCGUCGCCACGGCGGGCGCCGUGUGGCUGGCUCGCCCACGACGCCCUCCACGCCGCUGUCUACGCCGCCCUGCUCUCCCUGCCACUCUCCCAGUGGCGCGACGCCCUCCCUGCGCGCCCCGCCUUCCACCGCUACCUGCUGCUGCUGCUGCUGCUGCACUCUGCCUCCGCCUUCGCCUCUCUCCUCCUCACCCUCCACGUGCCCGCCGCCCUCUGCAUGCGAGGGCUAGCAGUGUGUGUGUAUUGGGCGCUCUUCCCGCCGCUACUCUACAUCACCUUCCUGGCCGACUUCUUCAAGGACGAGGAUACGGAGGUGGAGGAUGCAUACUACUCGGAGAUGAGGGAUGCAGGGGUCUUUGAUGCCGAUGGGGACUGGGACUGA